UGCUUUGUCAGCUCUUUUAAAUAAAAAUGACUCUUCUCCCCUUUACUUGUCUAAUUUUAUUGUAUUCUCUUGGAUCGGUUAUGAGUGAAAAAACAAAUCCAAACCUGACACUUCACGAUGUGACGGAUAAAUUAGAAGGAGAUGAUGAAAAGUACGCAACUGCUCUAAAAACGUGUGGUGAAGUUUUCGCAGAAGUUGAAGCAAUUUUCAACGAUGAAAACUAUUUGAGUCAUGCCGGAUGGUUCAAAGACGAAUCAAAUAAUGAAGGAGACGUUGUAUAUGCAAAAGAUACUCCACACGGACGAAUGGUCACAAUUUCAACAGAACUACCAAUGCCUGUUGAAGAUGUAAUGAAAGAGACUUGGAAUGGAAUGGAAGCUCUUCCCGAGUGGAAUCAGAAUAUUAAUUUUGCUGCCAGAAUCGCCGCACCAACUUCAAAUUUCGAUAUUGUUACGUACGGGAACAAUGAUGUCUUAGUGGUCAGUGGACGUGAAUUUGUGUCAGCGAGAAUUUGGAGAAAAGUUGGAGAUGGAUUCAUUCUGGCUUCCCGAAGUGUCACAGUUCCAUCAUUCAAAUCUAAACAUAAGGGAAAAGUUCGCGCUCAUCUUCACUUGGCAGGAGCCCGUUUCCGUCCAAAUCCUGAGAAUCCCGAAACCACUUUAACCGACGUUGUGAUGCUUGCUGAUUUGAAAGGAUACCUCCCAAAAAUGAUUGUUAAUCAGGUCAUCGGACGUAUUAUGAUCAUGGAUACGGUCACGAAUCGUCGUCAUUUCCAGAAUUUGAAAGCAAAACGGACUAAUAAUUGAUUCAUAUACAACCGGUUUUCUAUAUGUGCCUUAUUUCAAUACUUGUAUUGCACUGCUAUAAUAUGAGAAAAUUAUAAUAAAACUAUUGCAUUAUU